AUGAUGAAUGAUCCAUUUGUUGGAGUUGCAUUAGCUUCUUUCGAUCUGGCUUGCGGAAUACAAAUUCUUGAGAAAUGGUUUGCAAAAGGUGAUCCUGCAGAAGGAUCUCUUGAAUCUCUCUUCAGAUUACUUCUUGCAAAUGUUCAUAGACAAAAAGAUAAUGCAUAUUCAUCAUAUGUAACAUCAAUUAUUGAAUUACAAAGCUACAAUUGGUAUGUUGUUGCUACUCUUUUCUCAAUUACACAAAACCAGAGAAAAACCUUUUACGCAUUAACACUAAUUUUAGAUACACACCAUAUUCCUAAUUACAGGAACUCCAUUAAAAUUCUGUCACAACACUCAUUAUACCUUGCAGCUGCAGCGAAAUCCUCAUUUACGAAUAAUUUUCCCUUGAAGAAGUUAGAAAGAUUCAUACAACCAAUCCAUCAACAAUGCAUUGAUUACUUUUCAUCAUCGAUUGAGCAAAUUCCAGAUUUUGAAAUCUUUCCAGGCGAUUUACGUUUUUAUUCGCUUGUUCUCUCUUCUCACUUAGCGACACAAGUGAUAACUAUAAUUGAAUCCGAUGAUGAUACAGAAACAUACAAACUCGCCUCCUUUUUGGCGAACUUUUUACUUCCGAAUCAACUUAUUCACUCUUCUCUUAAGAUUAGUGACAAAAUUACACCAGGAUUAUUCCUACAAUGCGUUUCCAAGCAGAAAACAGACAUAGUUGACAUAUUCCUGGCUUCAGCACACCCAAUAACAUACGUCAGAAUGUCAGAAAGGAAAAUCUUUACUACAUCGGCACCAGAAAAGCAUCUCCCUGCGUACAAACAAGCAACGGAAGCAUCUUUCCUCGAAGAUAUCACUAAAAGGAGGAGAUUAACAGCGAUCAAAGCUCAAUACAAGAAUCAGAUCAUAGAAAUAACAGCUCCAGCACCAUGGAUAUCUACAAUGCUGUUAAUAGUGACACAGAUGCCAGAAACAUGUCACAGUUUGCUUUGUAAAGAGCAUUUCGACGUAAUAAUGCGAAUAACAUUCGAACUUAUCAAUCUUAUCGAUGAGAAGACGUACAAAGGAAUUAAUUCACUGACACCUGAAAAUAUUGGAGAGAUAAUCAAAGAACUAAAAUUUACUGGAAAAGAUGACUUCAUCUUCUUCGCUUCUUUGGCUCAGAUGUUCGAACCAGCUAUAUCACGUAAGAUACCACUUAGUAGGCGUUAA